ACUUGGGUAAAUGUACAUCGAAUGAAUAUCUGAUAACUUCUUUGGUGUUGGUGUUAACGUUGAGCUCGUAAGGACACAUAAAUUAGCGCCAUGACACCGGCACGCCGGUAGGGCUACCGGCCAAACAACGGGGCUUCCGUAAAUGGGAGCUCGCGCGGUCACGUAUUCCAUUAUCAUCAAUGACACAAGCGGAUGUUGCACGACGGGAGAGAGAAGGGUAAACGAAAGUGCAUGCAGACAGCCCUGUAGGGUUGCGGGAAAAACUUGAAUUUGGACAAACGCCGCCUUUAUCCUGCCUCAGGCAAUACAUCCGGAAUAAGUUACUAUUUACUGUUGCUGUACUCAAAGGAAUAUGACUCCGGGCCAUAGUGAUGAGAAAAACGGAGGAGAAAGUGGUAACAAUGUGCUUGUGCAUAACCCAAAUUUGGACACCAUGGCUGAGGAUAUACUGUACCACUUCAACUUGGGGACUGCCACCCAUAACCUACCAUCAAUGUUCGGGGAUGUGAAGUUUGUGUGUGUAGGAGGAAGCCCCUGGAGGAUGAAGGCGUUCAUAGAGUACAUUGGUAAAGAGUUGGGCUUGGCUGACCCCACUGCUGAGUACCCCAACAUAUGCGCUGGCACGGAUCGAUAUGCGAUGUACAAAGUGGGCCCAGUGCUUUCUGUCAGUCAUGGGAUGGGCAUCCCCUCCAUAGCCAUUAUGCUCCAUGAACUCAUGAAGCUGCUCUACCACGCUCGCUGUACUGAUGUCACCGUGGUGAGAAUCGGGACCUCGGGAGGAAUAGGCCUGAAGCCGGGCACUGUGGUCAUCACCAAGCAGUCUGUGGACGCCACCUUCCUGCCGCGGUUCGAGCAGGUGAUCCUAGGCAAGCCGGUGGUGCGCAGCACCGAGCUGGACUCAGAGCUGGCGGACGAGCUGCUGCUGUACAGUAAGGACUUCGGGGACUUCGAGACUGUCGUCGCCAACACCAUGUGCACUAUGGACUUCUACGAAGGCCAGGCUCGGCUAGACGGGGCCUUCUGCUCAUACAGCGAGGAGGACAAACAGAACUACCUCAAAGACGCCUACGCCGCAGGUGUGCGCAACAUCGAGAUGGAAUCGUCUGUGUUUGCGGCCAUGUGCAAACUCAGCGGGGUGAAAGCGGCCGUGGUGUGCGUGACUCUCUUAGACCGGCAGAAGGGCGAUCAGCUGAGCAGCGCCCACGACGUCCUGCAGAGCUACCAGCAGCGGCCACAGAUGCUGGUGGGCCACUUCAUCAAGAAGCGCCUGAACGCCACAGACGGGGGAUGCUCCUCGUCCCGCGGAGCAGAUAAGGUCAAGGUGGCGUCGUCGUAAACGGAGGGGUCCAGAAACCCGGUUCAGAAAUAAAAACCCUGCCACAGUUUCCUUCCCGCACAGGUGACUUCGCUGAGUAACUGCCCCAUUUGAGAUGCCUCCUGCUUUACACUCUGCAAUCACAAUGCAUUCUGGUUAGAAAUGUCUAACCAGGAUGUGUUGUAAUUUCACAGUGCACGUCUGCCCUGCGCAGAUUGCUGCGGCCUGCAUGAUCACUGUCUACCAUUUUUUGGGUACUGGUUACGAUCAGCUGAUUCUGAGCUGUUUCAGUGGAAUUUGUGGCAGAGUUUUUACUUUUUGUACCCAGGCUUGACUCCUGGUUGUAAAAGUCUAUAGGAAGCAAACCAAAAAUCCAAGGUUAUGUUCACACUACUCCUCUUGUGUGUGCAUGGCAGUGAUGUUGUAUUCUCGUAAAAAAAAGAAAAGAAAAUCAUUAUUCCACCAUUGGCAGCUUAGCGUGUUCACACUGCAGAUGCAAUGGGAAGCCCAGUGUCUACUGUGUUGGAGGAAGUUUCCCCACCAGUUACUGUACACUAACAACUGAUGUGCUUGUUCAACAGUGAACGGCACGGUGCUUCGACUUUUGUUAAGUCUGUGCUUGCUGCUAUAUGCACACAACAGUGCUAAUUGGAGCUCAGCCUAAGUUGCACUAUUAAUCUUAAAAAAAUAUUUGUGCUUUUUACUGUAAAACUCUGCAGCUAUGAUUAAACUACUUCAAAGGCCUUCUUGCAGCUACGCAGUUCUAGCUAAAUUGUAUGGGUUACUAUCGGUAUAUUUAUUUUAUAACACACAAAUAUUUUGGCAUAAAAAUAGCUUUUAUUACUGCAGUUUUAUUUUAAUGGUAUUUAACGCUGCCAGAGAAAAAGUAGUGAGAUUCUGUCAAGUCAUGUAACUUUUUUUUUUUGUAUUUACAUUUUGGAAAAGACCGUUGGGAUCACCUGUAAAAUUGGCAGGGUUUUUAGAAUUUAAGGUCUUCAGUAAUAUAUUUUACAUUCCCAAAAGCCUCAAACUAUUGUUAUUGUUAAAGGUCCCGUGUGUAGUUUCAGUAGUUUACUUCCAACAUGUAUGCUACCCGCAGAUUUUGCAGCCAAAAAUGUGUGACGGCAGUUCAAAAAGGUGAAUUUGCAUGGAGAGGAUUGGCCUCCUUAUGUAUGAAAAGUAGACAUUUCCAGGCGAUGAUGGGUACGUUGAGAUUGAUUGUGAUUGUAAAUAUUCAUGAAAAGAUGGCGUUUGUGAAUGGGCAGCAUAAAUUCUGGAAAUAAGCUACUUUAAAAAAGAAUUAUGCACUGGAACUUUUAAGACAUAGAAUGUGUAACUUUUCUCUUUUACUACUGUCUGAGUUUGAUUGUGUUUUUGAGUGUGUGUGUUAUUGCAUCUGUUUGAUUUACAUGUGUGAGGCUAUAUCAUGAGUGGACUGCGGAGACGCGGUUCACACAUGUCAAUGUGCAAGCCAAGCCAUGAUCCUGCUGACAGACCUCAUGUUCCCAUUCUGACACCGCCUUUUUCAUGCCUUUUAGAACUAUCAUUGUGAAGACAACACCUAGAGAUGACAAGUGUCUUAAUUUGCUCCCCGUAUAGAGUUGGAUGUGGUGUACACAGUGUUGGGGAAUCCGGAAUCAGAACUCGGAAUCCUGCACCCACUAUUGGUUCUAGCCAUUCACUGCCCCCAGUUCAGUAGUCAAUUUAUCUGUUUUAAGCAGAGUUGUCAAAAGUAAAAGUAAAAAAGAAACACAGUUUCCUUCCAACACAAGUAACUUCGAAGUAUAUUGGUCUACUGGUUAAUCAGAUGUCUUAUGAUCAGCUAACUCUGCACUGGUUGGAUCAAGUUUGUGGUGGGACCUUGUUAGGUUUUCAGUGUUUUUCAGUGACUGUAACAACACAGUCUAUCUCCUUGGAUACAAUGGAGUAAAUGGUGUAACAGCUAUGUAAUGUCAUGUGCUAGUGUUACAAUUACACCACAAAUUUACCUUUACUUUCACUUUUGACACCUCUGGUUCAAGGUGCACAACUAGGGCCUAGAAACUGGCGAUUUCACUAAUUAACUGGCACAGUUGAAUGACUGGAUGAAAUUGCGGGUGCAGGAUUGAAACUUUUGGAGCCGGAUGACCCAACAGUGAUGGUGUAAUAUGUCUCAGACUACCUCAACAAUAGCUUUACGUGACUAUAGGAAGACAUCUGUUUUGUUGGUGGUUGUUUCAUGUCUAUUUAGCGCCGUCCACUCAUGGCUGCAUUACUCUCAAUGCUUCACAGAACCACAUAGAUGAAGAACAUUGUGACUGAUCAAAGGUGUCAUUCAUUAAACAGUCGUCACUCUGUGAUGCUAUUGCAGACACAAACAGUUAAAGAUUUUCUGGGGACGUCACGACUGCCUGUAAAAUGUCUGAACCCAGUUGGUUGUGUUUCGUUUGAAUACUUUUUUUAAUUACAGUUUCUUAUCAGUGAUCAUGUACCUCUGUAUACACAUUUAAACUCUAAGACGUUCAUUUUGUUGAACACCAACAUGUCAAAUGCUUUACUGGAUGAACACUAUAAUGGAAGGAGCAAUAAAGGUGGCCCAUUGCAGAUCCAA